UAGGUCACUGCACAGCCUGCACACGUGGAUGCGCCGGUGGAGCAGGCCUGCACGCAUGCACCCCGGGCACACUGGCGCUCCAUCCCGAGGGGCGGAGGAGCUGCGGGACAGUGUUUACGCUGGAAGAUGAAUGUGCCCCUGGCAUCCCUUCCCUGCCGCGCCUGCUGCUGCUCCUACCUCGGUCUCAGCAGGCGGAGCCGCCACCGCCUCUCUCCCCACCUUAGGAAUCCUGCCUUGGGCUGGCACUGGGGUGCGGGAAUGUUCCCCGACUUCUCUAUAAAUCAGCCUAUCAAGUGGUAGCAUCGCAAUCGGGCAGGAGCUCCGGCAGCUGGAACCCGGCUGGAUUUUUCCAUCCUCAGUGAACCCACGGGUGCUUUUUGGAGACUGAGAAAGACUCUCAAGGGAAGGCCCAACACGACAGAGCGGCUGACAUGGAAAGCACUUGAGCAGAUUUAAGUUUGAACCUUGGCUCUGGCCCUCACCAGUUCUGUGACCCUAGGCAGGUUUAAGUAUCGUUUAAGCUGCAUCAAUGGAGCACAUUCAGGGGGCCUGGAGGACGAUCAGCAAUGGCUUUGGACUCAAGGACGCGGUGUUCGAGGGCUCCAGCUGCAUCUCCCCUACCAUAGUCGAGCAGUUCGGCUACCAGCGCCGGGCCUCGGACGAUGGCAAACUCACGGAUCCUUCCAGGACGAGCAGCACAAUCCGUGUUUUCUUGCCGAAUAAGCAACGAACAGUGGUCAAUGUGCGGAAUGGCAUGAGCUUGCACGACUGCCUCAUGAAGGCGCUCAAGGUCCGAGGCCUGCAGCCCGAGUGCUGCGCCGUGUUCCGACUUCUCCACGAGCACAAGGGUAAAAAAGCACGUUUAGAUUGGAAUACUGACGCCGCCUCUUUGAUUGGAGAAGAGCUUCAGGUGGACUUCCUGGACCACGUUCCCCUCACCACACACAAUUUUGCUCGGAAGACGUUCCUGAAGCUUGCCUUCUGCGACAUCUGUCAGAAGUUCCUGUUAAAUGGAUUUCGAUGUCAGACUUGUGGCUACAAAUUUCAUGAGCAUUGUAGCACCAAAGUACCUACUAUGUGUGUGGACUGGAGUAAUAUCAGACAACUCUUGUUGUUUCCUAAUUCCACCGUGGGUGAGAGCGGGGCCCCAGCGCUGCCUUCUCUGACGAUGCGCCGGAUGCGGGAGUCUGUGUCCCGGAUGCCUGUGAGUUCCCAGCACAGGUACUCCACGCCCCACGCCUUCACCUUCAACACCUCCAGCCCCACCUCCGAAGGCGCCCUCUCCCAGAGGCAGAGGUCCACGUCCACGCCCAACGUCCACAUGGUCAGCACCACCCUGCCUGUGGACAGCAGGAUGAUUGAGAAUAACAGCCUGAGUGCUUCUCCCAGGGCGUGGUCCAGACGAUUUUGUUUGAGGGGAAGAGACGCGAUUCGAAGCCACAGCGAAUCAGCCUCGCCCUCAGCCCUGUCCAGCAGCCCCAGCAACCUGAGCCCCACAGGCUGGUCACAGCCCAAGACCCCGGUGCCAGCACAGAGGGAGCGGGCGCCAGGAUCCGGGACCCAGGAGAAGAACAAAAUUAGGCCCCGUGGGCAGAGAGACUCAAGCUACUACUGGGAAAUCGAGGCCAGCGAAGUCAUGCUGUCCACCCGCAUCGGCUCGGGCUCCUUUGGAACUGUUUAUAAGGGCAAGUGGCACGGAGACGUUGCAGUGAAGAUCCUGAAGGUCGUCGACCCCACCCCGGAGCAGUUCCAGGCCUUCAGGAACGAGGUGGCUGUCUUGCGCAAAACGCGACACGUGAACAUCCUGCUCUUCAUGGGGUACAUGACUAAGGACAACCUGGCCAUUGUGACCCAAUGGUGUGAGGGCAGCAGCCUCUACAAACACCUGCAUGUCCAGGAGACCAAGUUCCAGAUGUUCCAGCUGAUCGACAUUGCCCGGCAGACGGCUCAGGGAAUGGACUACUUGCACGCCAAGAACAUCAUCCACCGAGACAUGAAGUCCAACAACAUAUUUCUCCAUGAAGGCUUAACGGUGAAAAUUGGAGAUUUUGGUUUGGCGACAGUGAAGUCACGCUGGAGUGGCUCUCAGCAGGUUGAACAACCCACCGGCUCCGUGCUGUGGAUGGCCCCCGAGGUGAUCCGAAUGCAGGAUGACAACCCCUUCAGCUUCCAGUCCGACGUCUACUCCUACGGCAUCGUCCUGUACGAGCUGAUGACGGGGGAGCUGCCCUACUCCCACAUCAACAACCGAGACCAGAUCAUCUUCAUGGUGGGCCGAGGCUACGCCUCCCCGGACCUCAGCAAGCUGUACAAGAACUGCCCCAAAGCCAUGAAGAGGCUGGUGGCCGACUGCGUGAAGAAGGUGAAGGAAGAGAGGCCUCUGUUCCCCCAGAUCCUGUCUUCCAUUGAGCUGCUCCAACACUCCCUGCCCAAGAUCAACCGGAGCGCGUCUGAGCCAUCCCUGCACCGGGCGGCCCACACCGAGGAUAUCAAUGCUUGCACGCUGACCACGUCCCCAAGGCUGCCCGUCUUCUAGUUGACUUUGCACCUGCGCUCAGGCCCCAGGCGGAAGGGAAGUCAGCAGGCAGCACCUUCCUGUCCCUUGCUUCUGGGGCAGAGCGUGUUUUCAGAGAAGCUGCUGCUAAGGACCUUCUAGACUACGCACAGGCCUUAACUUCGUGUUGCCUUCUUUUCUACCCUCUCUGGCCCUGGAGAAGGAAGCCAUUCACCCUGCGGGCCUGUCCUCCCGCCCCAGAGCCAGCCUCCCAUGCACGGGGGAUGCUGAUGGCAGUACGAGAGCUGCCCCCCAACCAUCAGCUCAGUGAGCAUUUUUAGGGCAAAAAGAAGUUGCUGGAGGGGAAGUAAAGGUUGUGGGGUUCUGGAAACCAGCUUCUUUUCAGAAACCGCGGUGCAGCGCCAGACAGUUUUGCACAUGACUCACCAAACAACCCAGGACUGCGGAGAUGCGCCGCCCAGAGGAGCCUGCUCUGGUACUAGAGAACUUGCCUGUCACAGCCGGAGAUGUCCAGUGCAGAGGGUGGCUUUCUGGGCACGGUGCUCCGCCCUCCCAUCAUGCUGAGUUUCGUCUUCCAGGGGCUGCCCCUAUGGGGUGGGCCACAGGGCCAGCCCCGUCUCUCUAGUCACAUAAUUGUGUAUGCAAGGAAGCCAGGAAUACAGGUUUUCUUGAUGAUUUGGGUUUUAAUUUUGUUUUUAUUGCGCCUGACAAGAUACAGUUAUGAAUGGUUCCUCAAUUAUGUUAUUUUAAUAAAAUAAAUUAAAUUUAGGUUU